CGGCGCCGCUCCCCGGCCCUCGCCCAGCCCAACGCUGCCGCCGUCGGAGCCGCCAUGCAGUCCCCGCGCGCCGCGCUCCUCGCGCUCCUCCCGCCGCUGCUGCUGCUGCUCGGGGCUCCCGUCUCGGCCCAGUUGUUCCGGGUCGGCCGCUCGGUGCCAGCCGCUGCCGGACCCGCUACGGUGUGCCCCGAUCGCUGCGACCUGGCGCGCUGCCCCGCGGUGCCGGAGCACUGCGAGGGCGGCCGCGUCCGCGACGCGUGCGGCUGCUGCGAAGUGUGCGGGGCGCCCGAGGGCGCCGCGUGCGGCCUGCAGGAGGGACCGUGCGGCGAGGGGCUGCAGUGCGUGGUGCCCUUCGGGGUGCCCGCCUCGGCCACCGUGCGGCGGCGCGCGCAGGCCGGUCUCUGCGUGUGCUCCAGCAGCGAGCCGGUGUGCGGGAGCGACGCCAACACCUACGCCAACCCGUGCCAGCUGCGCGCCGCCAGCCGCCGCUCCGAGAGGCUGAGCCAGCCGCCGGUCAUCGUCCUGCAGCGCGGCGCCUGCGGCCAAGGGCAAGAAGAUCCCAACAGCCUGCGCCAUAAAUACAACUUUAUUGCUGACGUGGUGGAGAAGAUUGCUCCCGCCGUGGUUCACAUCGAAUUGUUUCGCAAGCUCCCUUUUUCUAAGAGGGAGGUGCCUGUGGCCAGCGGGUCUGGGUUUAUCGUGUCUGAAGAUGGACUGAUCGUGACCAACGCACACGUGGUGACCAACAAGCACCGAGUCAAGGUGGAGCUGAAGAGCGGUGCCACCUAUGAAGCCAAAAUCAAGGAUGUCGACGAGAAGGCGGACAUCGCACUCAUUAAAAUUGAUCACCAGGGAAAGCUGCCUGUCCUGCUGCUCGGCCGCUCCUCGGAGCUGCGGCCGGGGGAGUUUGUGGUUGCCAUCGGAAGCCCCUUCUCCCUUCAAAACACGGUCACCACUGGCAUCGUCAGCACCACCCAGCGAGGGGGCAAAGAGCUCGGGCUCCGGAACUCGGACAUGGACUACAUCCAGACAGAUGCCAUCAUCAACUAUGGAAACUCGGGAGGCCCACUGGUAAACCUGGAUGGGGAAGUAAUUGGAAUUAACACGCUCAAAGUGACGGCUGGGAUCUCCUUUGCCAUCCCAUCUGAUAAGAUUAAGAAGUUCCUAACGGAGUCUCAUGACAGACAGGCCAAAGGUAAAGCCGUCACCAAGAAGAAGUACAUCGGCAUCCGCAUGAUGUCACUCACACCCAGCAAAGCCAAGGAACUGAAGGACCGCCACCGAGACUUCCCAGAUGUGCUUUCAGGAGCUUACAUCAUUGAAGUAAUUCCUGAUACUCCAGCAGAAGCGGGCGGUCUCCAGGAAAACGACAUCAUCAUCAGCAUCAACGGACAGUCAGUGGUCUCUGCCAACGACGUCAGCGACCUCAUUAGAAAGGAGAACACACUGAGCAUGGUGGUCCGCAGGGGCAACGAAGACGUGAUGAUCACAGUGGUUCCCGAAGAGAUCGACCCGUAGGCUGGGGCAGGAGCUGGACUUCGAGUCUCCCCCACAGACUCCCCAGGGCACGGCGCUUGGUGACUCUGAGCUGGUGGCACGGGACGCCCAAGACUUUGGACCACCAUGUUGCUUGUUCGGUGGAAAUGCCUUGGUCAGCAGCAGCCUUCUCAGUAGUUUGCAGGCAAAACAAGUGUAAUGUCGCAGAUCUGCAGGCAGACGCUCCUCCCUCCCGAGUCCCAGCUAUGCAGUGUGCUUUCUUCUUCGCCAGCUUGGUCUGUUCCUGCAUAGAUAGUCAACGUUUGUCUCCUUUAACCGAGUCAUCAACUUAGUCCAACUAAUGCAAUUGAUGUAAUCUUAGUUGGGAGAAAGGGCCCACGGGAGCCAGCACGGGACUGGGCGUGACUCUGUUUCCCCCAGAGUCAGCAUCGAGAGGCAGUGGAUGCCCGGAGACCACGGUGGGGUGACUGCUGGCUUCCAAACAGGCCAGAGUUGCGCCUUUUAGGGAUUUCUGCAGAAUUGGGAGCACGGAUGACCUUUGAGUUUGAGCUAUUAAAAUACUUCUUCAUACAGUG